GGGCUUCGCUGUGACCCCGGCGCUGGGAUGGCAGCGGGACAGUCGGACCGCGGCGGGACGGCGGGACAGUUCCCAGCCGAGGUGGUGGCUGGAGCGCUCCGGGGGGAUCCAGCCAGGGCGUUUGCCAGUCGCUUUGUUGCUGCUGAGGGACUUUUUUUUUUUAGGAUUAUUAUUAUUUUGAAGGGGAGGGUGAGGAGGGGGGGCUGACACUGGCUAUAAAGGCAGAGCUCUCCGGAGCAGCCGGCACUUUCCCCGCCACCAUGAGAGCUCCCCGGGCCUGACAGCCCCAGCCUGCCCCAGUGUCACCGGCUCAUGCUGCCCUGAAUCGUGGCUGCGCGCCCGGAGCCCGGGGUGGGAUGGUGUGAGCCCGGAGCCGCUCCUCGCCCUCCCACCGCCCCUCACCGGCUCUGGCAGGAGCCGAGCCCGCCAGCCGCUUGGAUGAUUUGAUUCCUUCCCUGCCCGAAAUCACUCCUGCCCAGAUGCAGUGGAUAAUAUUCAUGUUGCUGUUACUCAUCAGCUCCAUGGAAAUGCUCACGCAGAACCGAUGGAAGAAGCAAGCGAAUGCCGGCCUGCUGGAAAACUGCACAGGCUGCAUCCUGUGCUCUGAGGACAACGGCUGCAUCACCUGCCACCACCGGCUCUUCCUGCUCAUCUGGAGGGACGGCAUCCGCCAGUACGGGAUGUGUGUCCACACUUGCCCGCCUGGCUACUUCGGUGUGCGGGGUCUGGAGGUCAACAGAUGCACAAAGUGCAGGUCGCCCAGCUGCGAGAGCUGCUUCAGCAGGGACUUCUGCAUGAAGUGCAAGGACAAGUUUUACUUGUACAAGGGCCAGUGUUUUCGGCAGUGCCCCCCCAGCACUGCGGCACAGCCUGGCACCCGCGAGUGCCAAGAGACGUGCGAGCCGGGGCCGUGGAGCGAGUGGAGCGCCUGCACCCACGAGAGCCGGACCUGCGGCUGCAAGUGGGGGGUGGAGACGCGGGUGCGGGAGGUGCCGGAGGCUGCCCGGGAGGAGGGGGCUGCCUGCCCCCCGCUGCAGGAGAGCAGGAGGUGCCGCAUGAAGAAGCACUGCCCGGGAGCACCCAGACCUGCUGCAGGGCCUGGCCAGGCUGUGCGUGCGCGGGUGCAGGGCUGGCGAUGGGAACCGGGACAUGGCUGA